GUCCCUAGUAAGAAAUGUCAUACUGUCAGAUCCAGAUGCUCGAUGUUUAUUUUUAUUGAUAAAAAGUAGCAUCUAAGAUUCUAAUGGCUUUCGUGCUUCCAUAUUAUAAAUUGCAGUGGUUUAAGAGCAAGAGAUCAGUGUGAGACACUUGAAAUGUCGGUGGAGGCGGAAAGUUUAGUCCAUUUAAAAUGUGCCAACGUUGACGAAAUAAAAGAGAAUGGCAGUAACUCGACGAUAUCACACGAUUCCGGUAUCGAAAUAUCCGAUGCGACUUCCGCUACACUGCCUUCACUACACGACUCUGAUAUAUAUCAUAUAAAAAUUACAGAAAACGAAAAAAUUGGAAUGGUAUUGAAUGUUGAUGAAUUGCACAACAGUGCCCUAGAAAACGAUGGCAGUUCUGACGUAUCCACUCCUACCUCCUUGUCCUCUGAGGACAAAGAAUUUAAUACCUUCGAGAUAAGUUCUAAAAACGAUGAUCUAGGAAAUUUAUCAGAUAUCACGAAUUAUAGUGCAACUGAUCAAAACGAUAACUUCAAUGAAACAAAAAUAAUUAAUAACGAAAUCCCUAGUAUUGAAAGUAAGGAUGACAGCUUAGACAAUGUUAAACACUCGAGUAACUUAUCAAAAACAUGUCAUUUGAACAGUGAAUCCAACAAAACAGCAUCAACAUAUAGUUUGAAUGAACCAAAUAACGAAACUACUACUAAUCUAUCUCCAAUAAGCCGUAGUGCAGAUAACAUAUCUAAUUAUGAUACACACCAUUUAAUCACCAAAGAUCUUGAUCAAGAAAGGAUACUGUCUGAAUUUUUAAGCCAAAAAAAUAAAGUAAGCGCAACCCAGAAAAUAGUACAAGAUAAUCAACAAAAUGCUGAUGUAAAAUAUGCAAGAUUACCAAAAGAGAUUUUGUCACAAGAUCUCGGUAGUAUAGUUAAGAACGUCCACGGUAUAUUUUCCUCGGUUAGCGGUAGUUUGAAGAACGCUUACAAUAAUACCCAAAGAGUUACACAGAAGCCAAUAGUCAAAACUGUUAAACCCGUUACCAAUGGUAGGAUAAUGAAUGAAAUAUUCGAAUUCACGGAGGAGAAAUCCGUCAACGACAUAGCCCAAUUACAAAGUGAAAAUUCGAAUAUAAAUAUAGAACCUGUUCCAAAAUCUGACGUUCCAGAAUUAGAACAUGAAAAGAACGACAGUAAUAAUGAAAUGUUAAAAUUGCAAAUAGAAUCGUUAGAGAGAGUAUUAUUCGAGCAGAGAAAAGAAAAUGCAUCCCUCAGAGAGAGAGUCAAACAGCAGUGCGAUGAGUUGCAGGCUAAAGAUCAAACAUUCAAGGAUUUAGAGGCUAAAGUUGAUUUGAUGUGCAAACGGGCGGAGCAAGCUCAGAAGGAAAAGGAUGCAGCUGUGAUGCGCUACGCCAGCACUGAGUGUGCUGCUAUCGAAGCGAAGAGGGCAGCAGAAGGAGCCACCAGAGCGGAACGUGCAGCAAUUGCGGAACGGGAGUUGGCGACUGCAAAGCUUCGUACAGCUAGAGAAGAGAAGCAACGAAUUUGUCAACUAUAUGACGAUAAGUGCCAUGAGCUCCAGAACAGUGAACGAGAAGUGAACAAAGUGCGCGAGGAGUUCCGGGAAAUUGAAGGUCGUUUGAAAUGGACGCAGAGUAAACUACGAAUGGAAAUGGACGCUUGCAAGGAGAGCACAGAACGGGUUGAGAAAUUGUCACAACAAGUCGCAGAGCUCGAGGCGGCCAAGGAAGCAGCCACUGUGAACGCAACUGAUUCGAUCCGGGCUAAACAAUUAGAAUCAGACUUGAAAGAGAGUCAAGCGACAUUAAUUAUGUGUCGGCAUGAAAAGGAUGAUCUGGACAGACGUCUGACCGUCGCGCUCCAGCAACUAGACACGUGCAGGAGAGAACGGGACGACGCUAGCGGAUCUCUCGCUCUAGCCAAUGAACAGAUCGAGUCGCUGAAGGAGAGUAAUGAACGUUUGGAAGAGGAAGCGGCCGAGCUAGCAGCGUUACGUGCAAGAGCGGCGUUGGCUGACACACUCGAAGCUCAGCUGCAGCGUGAGACGGAGCGCGCGUGGACGGCGGAGCAAGCGCUGAGCACGGAGCGCGCGCGCGCCGAGACCUGCCUGCGCCGCGAGGCCGCCGCGCUGGAGCACGCCGCGCGCCUCACCGCCGCGCACGUGCACGAGCGCGCGCGCGCCGCCGAGCACGACGCCAAGGCUCAAGCUCUGGCCGCGGACAACACAUCCCUCCGGGAGACGGUGCAGGUGUUGCAGGAGGAGGCUGGCAAGUUAAGAUCAGCGUUAAAUGAUGAGAUGGAUCGACGGAAUAAAGAGAACCGGGUGCUGGCUAGGAAGGUGGCAGAACUAACAGAGGAAGCUGCAGAGGCAAACAAGAAGUUGGAGUACGAGCAGGGAGAGAACAGCGUGCUGAAGAAGAAACACGCGAGUGCCAUAAAGGAAUUAAAUCGGGAAUUAAACCGAGCUCUUAAACGAAUAGAGAUGCUCGAAGCGAAGCUACCUCAAAAUGACGCCAACUCGACUAGAACGGGUUCUGUGUCAUCUUUAAGCAGUAUCGACAGUCCGCACGAUGAACGCGUUCAGAAUGGACACGCAGACAUACCAGACGUGCAGAAGGAAAAUGAGGUUUCGAUGCCGGACCAGCGGCUGCUGGUGGAGCGCAUCGUAUCGCUGCAGCGCGCGGCGGCGGCGCGCUCGGAGCGCUGCGAGUUCCUGCAGGAGCACUGCGCGCAGCUGACGCGCGAGCUGCGCCGCAAGUCGCGCGUGCUGCGCGCCGCGCUGCCCGCGCUGCCGCCCGCCGCGCUCGCCUCGCGCGCCGCCGACCAGCACAAGACGAAAAGGAAAUUUUCUAAGAGUGAAAUCGCGCAACUCGGCGGUGGUGCGAUGGCAGCGGUAUGGGGGGGAGACCCUGGUGGGAUGACGCUCGAACUAUCGCUGGAAAUGAACAAGCGACUUCAGGCCGUUCUCGAGGAUACGUUACUGAAAAAUAUCACACUUAAGGAAAACAUAGACACAUUAGGAGAAGAAAUUUCAAGAUUGCGCGAACAAGUGAAAAACAACGAGAACAAAUAAUACGAUCACAAGUACCUUAAACCUUCGUAAAUUUAUUUAUGCUUCUCUCUCUCACAUAUGGAUUUAAUCUUCCGUCUCUUUCGUACAUAUGUGUCAUUUAAAAACGUCAAAAUAUGGCGCUAAAGCUAUCACAUGUACCUUAAUUCGUUAAUUUAUUUGUAUAGGACGUUGUCUCUUUCUCGCGUAUGGAAUUGAUCU